AUGUGCGAUAAUACACCUCGAAAAAUCAACUUUGGACCCGGACCAGCGCAGUUACCUAUCGAAGUUUUACACAAUGUACAAAAGGAAUUUUUUAGUUUUGAUAACUGUGGCUCUAAUGUUAUGGAGCUUAGUCAUCGUUCACCAGCAUUUUCGAAAAUAAUCGAUGACGCUGAAAAGGAUAUCAGAGAAUUAUUAUCAAUUCCAGAUACUUAUGCGGUUUUAUUUUUACAGGGUGGUGCCACGGGACAAUUUAGUGCUAUUCCCAUGAAUUUAAUAAAUUUAAAACCCUCUCAAACAGCAGAUUAUUUAGUAACUGGCUAUUGGUCUGAAAAAGCAGCAAAAGAAGCGGAAAAAUAUGGAAAAGUGAAUUACGUUAUUCCAAAACAAGAAAAAUAUCAUGAUGUUCCUGAGCAGACUACGUGGAAUUUAACCGAUGAUGCAUCUUACUUUUAUUACUGUGCUAAUGAAACAAUUCACGGUGUAGAAAUUCAUGAUGUACCAGUUUUACCAAAUAAAGCCCAAAUUGUUUGCGAUAUGUCAUCAAAUUUUCUUACAAGACAAGUAGAUGUGACUAAGUUUGCUAUUAUAUUUGCUAGUGGUCAAAAAAAUUUUGGUUGUAGUGGAAUAGUACUUGUUAUUGUACGAAAAGAUCUUAUUGGUAAUGCGAUGAAGAGUACGCCGGUUAAUUUUGAUUUUAAAGUACAACUAAGCAACAAUUCAAUGUACAAUACACCACCAACAUUUUCAAUUUACAUAUCAAACAAAAUGUUUGAUUGGAGUAAACGACAAGGUGGUAUAAAAGCAUUGGAAAAACAAUCAAAAAUAAAAUCGGAUCUAAUCUAUAGUGCUAUUGAUCAAUCAAAUCGAUUUUAUCUUAGUGAAAUUAAUCCGUCAUAUCGUAGUCGUGUAAACAUUCCGUUUCGAAUAGCGAUCAAUGGUGUACCAGAUGAAAAAUUAGAAAAAUUGUUUCUUGAAGAAGCAUUAAGAUUAAAUAUGAUUGAAUUAAAAGGACAUCGAGCAGUUGGUGGAUUACGUGUUUCAUUGUACAAUGGUAUUACAAUUGAAGAAACAGAAAAACUCGCUCAAUUAAUGAGAACCUUUCAAACAAUACAUUGUGUUGAAGCAGCUUAA